AGAGCGAAAUGGGUGAUCAGGAUGGAAAGAAAAAGCCCCCAUUUGAUAUGCCACCUCCACCGAAGCCACUUUCUUUCGAAAUGCCAAAACCGCCAGUUCUCCAGCCAAAUAUUGCCUCACUUCUACAGAAAACUAACACUACUGGCGAAGACGUCAAAUCAAAAGAUGCACAACCAUCAGUGACUCCAGUUCCACCUCCUACUUUCAAUCCUGUACCGAAUCCGUUUGCACCGAGACCUAAAUCAGUGUCUCCGAAUCCUCAUCCUGAUGUUCCAGCGGUUACUGUAGGAGCUUUGUCAGCUCCUGCUGACAAAAGUGAAACGGAAGGAGAGAAAAUUGAAAAGCCAUCUGAAACAGCACAGGCUCAUGUGGAAAAUGUGAAAAAACCUGAAAAGCCGUCAAGUUUGGGAACUCAUCCUCUAACCACAGAAAUUCCAAUUACUCCAAUGGUGGAAGAAGCUAAACCAAUUACUUCGCCAGCCGUUGUAGAAGUCUCCAGUCAUGCCGAAUCCGUGAAAUCUUCAAUAGAUUCCAGUAAUUUAUUCACUGAUAAAGUAGACAUGAGUGGUGGUCUCAUGAGUUGGUUGACAAAAACAGUAACAGAAAGUAAACUUCUGAGUGAUGUAGCUGGAAAAGCAAAAGCUGGUGUUGAGACUGUAAUGACAACACUCGAUCCAGGAAUGAAACCUUUUCUUGCUGAACAUGGCGUGAUUGAAUUCGCCUUAUUCAACUGUGACGCUGAUUUGUUAACCGUCGCUUCUGAUGCAUUCACGAAAUCCGGAGCCAUGGCAAUCUGUCGGGGACUCACGUCCGUUAUCGCAAACUUCAGGCCAUUAGUAGCUGGUGAAGAGAAGGCUCGCAAGAUGUGUGAGAUAAAAGUGGAAGCUGCACGAAAAACGAAUAAAGCAAAAGAAGAUGCUGCUGUUGUUGUGAUUCAACCAUUUUUAAUGGAGAUUUCUGGAAGAUAUUACUCAACAUGCAAAAUAGUUCUACAUCAUGAAUCGAAAUAUUUUGAUGCGAUUUCACAGCUUUUAGAAAUUCCAUCCACUCUUGUAGAAGUGAUUCAACGAGCCGCCAAAUCUGAAGGCCUUCCAGAUGAUGAAUUUUCCACAUCGGUGACACAAGCUAUUAAAAAUGUUUACAAGACAUCUGUUACCACGUGGGAGCCGGGAAGCUUUGCUCCGUACGACUCCAAAGAGCUUCUCUCAAUUGCAUUCGCGUCAGUUUCGCAACAGCUCUUGCGAAAUCUGGCUCCAGUUAAUUGAAUUGGAGAUAAUGAGCUAACUCGAUAUUAUAUUUGCUCUCGCACUAUUAGCAUUUUAGUUUGGGUAUCUGGUCUUUAAAAUUUACAUAACAAAACAUUUAUAUUGUGAUGAUCUUUCCAACACCUCUAAAUAUUAACGCAAUGGGAUUCCGAUUUUUAUGUACAAUAAUUAUUAUGUCAUUGGGUAUACUCUUUGUCCAAAUAAACAAACAAUAUUAU